AAGUAAGGCUUUGACAUCUUACUCGUACACGUGUUGACCAUGCUUUACGAAUUUUGUUGGAAAACAGCAACAAACUGGACGUUUUUGUUAUUUCUGUUACAUUUCGAGUUAAAGAAAUGUCACGAUAAUAUGAAGAAAAGAAAACCUGUUUAUAGGAUAUAGUUUAAGUGUUAUCAGCAACAUGCAUAAUCUAUGGGACAGCCUCCAUAUGUUUUGUGUUGACAUUUUUUUAAUUUAAAAACAAAAAUGGAUUACCAGUUUCCCCAGCAGCUUUUUUCUUCAUUCUACAACUGUGGACCACCAGACUUGACGCUGAAACAUUGUGCUGGAAACUGGGGCAGCUACGAUCGUGUCAGACUUCAGGGCACUUCUGCAACUCCCAGCAACUGGACUUUCACAUCCAGACAUCAGGUUAGAGGCGAGGUAUGGUGUCACACAGAGCCAAUACCAGUUCCGCUCUUCAACCCUAAGAAAUCCUUCCUCUGGUCUUCAUCUCCUCCGGAUCCCCUGGACUUCACGGAGCAUAUGCAGAACUUCUUCUUCGAUCAUUGCCAAGACGCUUUUGGGUGCAUGACUGAAAUUCUGGGGAACGAUUUGUAUUCCAAGAAGGGAUUGAAAAAGUGUCAACCAAGACAUGCCGUAAGCACAAGGAAGAUAAAGCGCUUCAUCGAGAUGCUGGAUUUUCCAAUAUGCCACCAGACGUACUCCUCCACAGCAGCGCAGGCGUACAGUGCCCUGCUGUCAGACGUCUUGCCGAAUGUGCCAUCAGAGCUGCUGGGCUCUCUGUUGUUCGAGGAGCUGACCAAGCAGAGGGACAGUCUGCUUUUUUCUGAAGAAGCCACAGGGGGCGCUCUUGACUUUAUUCUCUUUUCUGAGAGCGGAAACUCUCAGCGGGGCUGCCUCAUCUACCCUGGAAACCAAGGACUAGACCGCCUCAACUUCCACAUGGUGGCCCUGGAGCAGCACGGAAAUGAACGUGUCUCUAUGAACUCCAGCAUUAGCAAACCAUUCAGCUUCCAACUGAAAGGACCAAUCAGACAGAUCAGCUCCGCAUCUUUGUGCAACGAUUGUUGUGUGGCGGUGAGGUCUGAUCACCUGUAUGGAGUUUGGAAAUGCAACGAGCAAGAAAAACCGCGUUUGCUGCAAGUUAUUAAGAGCAGAGAUGUUGCUACCUGUGUCAGUGUCAGUCCUCACGUUUUAGGUGAAGUUCUGGUAGCGAGUGAAAGUGGAGCAGCAAGUUUGUGGACUGUUGGGAAAGGGAUCCAGAAAGUUCGUGAAGAUGACAGCAACCUUUACUUCAAUGCCAAAUCGUCAUGGCGAUGGUGUGAGUUCUCUGCUCACCCUCGAGUCAUGUUGUACGCUGACAGAACUGGUGCUGAACUCUGCGAUAUUAGGGUGAGCCCGGCUUCCAAUCACACUCUUUUUCGCAUCGGCAAAACCACAGAAUGUCGCAGUGGGGAGAGGCUCAUCUUAAGUAAAUACCUGGGAGACACCCACUCCUUUCACCAUCUCUUCACAACGCAGUACUCAGCCUAUAUCAUGGAUGAGCGGUUCCCUAGCCUGCCCAUGCUAAAGAUGGAUCACAUGAUGGAGUUUCCACCCAUGUUUUGUCAUAUCCUUCCUGGUGUAUCCUCAUCUGGUCCAACCGGAACCACAAAGGUCCUUCUGUGUUCCCAGAGUUCUCAGGAAAUCACAAUGCUACAGUACUCAGGAGGAAGAGCAGAUCCAUGCGUAAGUGUUGGCCCUCCUCAAGCUCUACUAAGGCCUUGUGAUAGCCUCAAACACCUUCCAAUCCAGAUCCCGCACCGCAUGGACAUGACUAGUAACAGGCUGUCUUCACCUGCUGCAGGUCUGACAUGCAUCCAGAAGAGUAACUGCGUCGGUGGACGUAGUAAGGAUUGCUUCUGUGUGCUUCAGCUGACGGUGGCAGGUGAUAUCUUCUACCAGACCCUUGAACCUGAGGGGUCAGAGACCUCUUCACCCUCAGCUAAGGAAGAUGAACCCCAGCCUCAACAAACUCCCAAAAUCUUACCUCAAUGUUUGGCACAGACUGACUCUCAGUUGUUUGUGCAUGACACACCCAGUGAUGAGGACAUGAUGGGGCCAACUCAGGGUGCUCCUCUUCAUACAUUCAUUGACGAAACACCACAGUGGAAUUUACAAGACGAUGCUUCUUCUGAAACUGGUUCAGAGGAGUAUCAGACACGAGGGAAAGGACCAAACCUAAAGAAGUUGAACCUCCAGGUGCUCGUCAAUGAUGACCCAGUGCAUGAUCAUGGACUAGAUACAGAUGGUGAGGAUGGGAAGGAGACAAACAAUAAAGCUGAUGAUCCACAGCAGCCAGACGGGAGUCAUGAGACAACCAGUACCUUGGCUUCUACUUUUUCACCUACACAGAAGACUGCAGUAAAGCUUAGUGAGUCUGCUGUCUCCGUGUGGAAACACUGGCUCGUAAAACUGAGGCACAUUAGCCACAAAAAGAAGCCACGCCUGCAUCAUCUCACAUUGAACUCAGGUGGCCUCCUCUCUCUGUCUCGUGACAAAAUGAAAGGGUUAUCAGAAGAGGAGAAUGUCAAGAGCAUGAGAAACCAAAUGAGAGAUUGCAUGUCAAACCAUUCACUGUUAGUGAGAAGUGCUGACUCUGCGGAUAUAGUGCCAAUUCCAGACCAGGUGGACACAUCAUCCUGGAUGGAUCCACUCAGUCAACGUCUGACAGCCUCCUGGCAGGGCGAGGAACUAUGGCGAGCCUGGUGGCAUGAUCGGUUGGGCCUGAACAAGGACGAGAAGAUGGAUGCCCUCAGGAGAAAGAGGAGGAGGGAGAGAGAUGUAAGAAGGUCAUCUGGACGACGACUCAACCUCACCGGAAGUUUCACUUCAUCCGUCAGCUACCAGUCAGAGAUGGACAGUUUCUCAGACUUCACGGGCUGGUCUUCUGCAGCAAGCCAGGGGGCGUGGUCGGAUACAGAAAGGGUUGAGUCGUUAUCGCAGUCGGGGGACAUGGCGGAGAGCGGAGGGCCAAGAGCUCAGACCACUAUGCUCACAGGAUCCACAUUCCCUACGCAAACCACCAGUCCUCGAUAUGGUAAAGAUACUCAAGAUGGUAUGUGUGUGUCCAGCACAUUCCAAGCCAAGACACUCAACACUGAGUUCACGCAAUCUGAAAUUCCUGCGGCAACAACGCUUACCAACUCAAAGGUCGUCAGCCAGUCAAAAACUAUCCAACUUGAGUCCACCCCAUCCAGUCAGAGGAAGAGAAAACGCUGUGCAGAUGACUACCUCGCCUCUCUGUUUGGAUCACAGGAUGGUCCCUCUCAGCACGACAACUACUUCCUAGAUGAAAGUGGCCAGGAGCAGGACUCACGUCCACCUAUGACCUACUCAUCUCAGCUCCACAGUUCCCAGUCCAUGCCAAUCUCACAGAAUUCACGGCGGCGGCCGGGGUCGCAGUUGUCACAACCGAAGAAAAAGAAGUCGCAGAUGGGAUUUUGAUGUUUUUCCACAGAACGGAUCAAAGUACAGCCUUGGCAUUUUCGGGGAAUGUUUUAAGAGAAAAAGUUGGAUCAUGUCCAGUUUGACAAAGGACAGCCAAGUCUUCAUGGAUGCUCAUUUUGACUGCUGACCUCAAGACAUGCGACUCUAAAUAUUCAAUGAAGGAUCUAAAUAUGCCGUCAGCAAGGAUUUUUUUUUUUUUUUUAAUGAACAUAUGACCCAAGUGGAUUUCUUCUGGUAGAAGAAUCAAUCAUGUUUGAGCUUGAGAUCAUCACAUGGUGGAAGAGGACCGAGUUGCUGCAGUUUGGUAGGACCAAGCUAUAGUUUUUUUUUCCAUUUCAUUCAGGAAUGUAUGUACAGUACAGGCCAAAAGUUUGGACACACCUUCUCAUUUCAAUGCAUUUUUUAAAAUUAAACUCUACUAUGCAAAGCGAAAGCCAUUUAUCAACAACACCCAGAAACGCCGCCGUCUUCGCUGGGCCUGGGCUCAUCUAAGAUGGACUGAUGGAAAAGUGUUCACGACUAUUUACAUUGUCGAUUGUCACUGAAGGCAUCAAAACUAUGACACCUGUGAAGUGAAAACCAUUUCAGGUGACUACCUCUUGAAGCUCCCCGGGAGAAUGCCAAGAGUGUGCAAAAAAGUAAUCAGCGCAAAGGGUGGCUAUUUUGAAGAAACUAGAAUGUAAAACAUGUUUUAAGGUAUUUCACCUUUUUUUGUUAAGUACAUAACUCCACAUGAUUAUGUUUAUAGUUUUGAUACCUUCAGUAGAAAUCUACAAUGUAAAUAAUCAUGAAAAUAAAGAAAACCCAUUGAAUGAGAAGGUGUGUCCAAACUUUUAGCCUGUACUGUAUGCAUGCAUGCUAUGUAAGUAAAUGAUCCAUAAUAAUUCAUAAUGCUGCCAGUUUAUUUUAGUAAAUUGACUUAAUUAACUUAUUGGUUUGCCAUGUACGAUAAAACUAGGGCUGUAGAUAUUGAUUGUUUUCGAGUAAUCUGUCGAUAAAUGUGUUUGAUUAAUUGAGUAAUCAAAUAGAAGACA